GUGUGGAUUUGGACCUGUCCAGAAAUGUGGACACUCGCCAUUUCUUUGCCUGAGAAUUUGGAUCAUAUACUGCCUUCUUGGAAGGAAAAAAUAAGAAAAAUAAUCUUAUCUCUCGCUUCUGUAAUUUGUUUUAUUUUACCUGUUUCUGAUUUAUAUUCUUGGGAUUCGGAAAACCUGUUUCCGUCACCGUUGCAGACUUGCAGUCCUCAGUAAGACUUUACAAGAGCAAAUUGAAGCUCUUUCUCGCUCGCUCCCUCUCCCUCUCCCUCUCUCUCUCUCGAUUAGCUUAGAGAAAGUCAGCAAACGCAGCCAGCUCUCCAAUGGCGGACGGUUCAGGGUUUAGUCAUCAACUCGUUGCUUCUCACAGAUUCCCCGAGACGACGUUCGAUUACACGGAGAGAGACGUAGCUGUUUAUGCUCUGGGAAUCGGAGCUUGUGGCCGAGAUGCCGUCGAUGAAGACGAGCUCAAAUAUGUUUACCACGAGAACGGCCAGAAAUCUCUCCAGGUCCUUCCAACAUUUUCUGCUUUGUUUUCGGUGGGAACAAUGAUGAAAGGGUUGGACAUACCUGGUUUAGAUUAUGAUCCUAGGCUUCUGUUGCAUGGGCAGCAGUAUAUCGAACUUUACCAGCCAUUCCCUUCAAGUGCAUCGCUGGUGAACAAAUCAAGUCUUGCUGGAUUGCAUGACAAAGGCAAAGCUGCUAUUGCUGAAAUUGAGACCAAGACUUAUGAGAAGGGAUCUGGCAAAUUACUAUGCAUGGGCAGAUCAACGGCUUUUCUCAGGGGAGCUGGUGGCUUCUCAAAGUCACCUCAGCCGUAUUCAUACUCCACUUAUCCAAAAGACCAAAUUGGUGCUAUUGAAAUCCCCAAAUCUCUACCCUCAGCUGUGUUUCAAGAUCUUACUCAACCUUCUCAGGCAUUGCUGUAUCGGCUGUCCGGUGAUUAUAAUCCACUGCAUUCCGAUCCUAACAUUGCUACAGUUGCAGGAUUCUCGCGUCCGAUAUUGCACGGACUGUGCACUCUUGGAUUUGCAGUCCGAGCAGUCAUCAAAUCCAUCUGCAGAGGAGACGCGAAUGCAGUGAAGAACAUUCUAGGCCGAUUCCUCUUACAUGUUUACCCUGGCGAGACUUUGAUCACCGAAAUGUGGCUUCAAGGCUCGAGGGUCUUCUACCAGACAAAAGUGAAAGAAAGAAACCGGGCUGUGCUGGCUGGCUAUGUCGAUCUUCGUCAUAUACCUUCUGCUUUGUAAAUCCAAGGGGAUCAAAAUGUCUGAAAAACAACCGUUGUAGUCCAAUAAAUGUAUGCAUGUGUGUUGUUAUAGCCUUUUAGUUUGGCACAUUUGUAAUUGUGGAGCUCGUUUGGUCAUCUUUUGUAGUCCAAUAAUGUAUGCAUAUGAGUUACUAUAAGUGAUUUGAUAAAUAACUAAUAACCAAGGGUGGCUUGGAUAUGAGAUUGUUGAAAUACCUGGAUUAAGAGGUAGAUUUGAAUAUUUUUUUCUUUGUAUGAUAAGUGAUUCCUAGAUUUUGAUUGUUAUAUAUUGUGAGUGCUCAUUAGAGAUGGAUUCAAAUCAACAGUAUAAUUUAUAGCUGAAAAGUAAAACUGCAACCCCAUUCAAAUUUCCCUGUCCAUAGAGUGAUUUUAGGAAGCUGAUGUGGCAGGAUGUUAAGCGGGAAAAAAAUAAAACUCCCCGCCCAGAACUAAGAAACCGUCCCUCCCCAACUUUUCUCCUGUUUCCCACGUCAUCAUUUAAUUUUAUUUUAGUUUUCGUUUGACUGAAAUUAAGCCCACCUUUUCUACUGGUUAUUGGCUCAAGAUAGGGUGCAUAACCCACCCAUCAAUAACUAAAUCUGGAUCCUUUAUUUAGAAAAUCUAGAUCUAAUAAUGGAGAAUUAAAGAUCAUUUUUAUUUUUCCUAACUUUCUUAAUUGACUCAUAUCUUUUUCGUUUUAACUUGUAUUUUAAUUUUUUUUUGCACAGAUGGAACGAGUUCAUCGUGCUCUACAAAAUAAGAUCAAUUUUCAAUAAUUUUUUAGAAAACAAAUUAUGGCCUCUCGGUACCAACUGCAUACCAUAUGGUAUCUUCUUUGUUUUUAAUUCGUUUUUGAAAACGUUUGCACAACAGGGACGAGUUCAUCAUGAUCUAUUUGAUCUACAAAUUUCUGGGUGAACAAAUUACAAGACCAAAAAAUACCACACAAUACCAUACAAUACCACCCUGGUACGGGGUGGUAUCUUAUGGUAUACAAUGUUAAAAAUCGUAAAUGACAAUUAAUAUACUCUACUAUCAUGUAUUCAACCAUCCUACAGUUUCGAUUGUGUCAUACCACCAUGGUACCCUUUUCAAACCAUAGGUAUGCUCUUAUUUCAAUACCAGUCAAUACCAUAUGGUAUAGACUGGUAAAAAAUGGCUCAAUUUUUUUUGUUCGAAAAAUAUAUCAAAGUGGAUAUCAUUUUGAAGAACACAAUUAAUCUGAUCUAACUGUGCAAAAAAAAAAAACUAAAUUUUGACUUAAAACGAGUGAGAAAUCGUUCGUCAAAGAUUAAGGAGGGGAAAUUUAAAGGUUUUUCAGGAGAGAGAGGAUGCUGGUGUCAUGCUAAUGUGGACGGGUUACUCAUGGUUACUCACCAUAAGGUUACUGACCUGAUCUGUUCCCCUGGUUAUUAAGAGAGAGAAGAAACUCACGGAAAGGGAAGCGCAAUUGCAAGCACAUUACAGAGAGAGGGGGGAAAGGUGAAAGGGAGGAGAAGGAAGGAGGUUGCUUACCCUUUUACAGAUACGAUCUGCGGAAGGAAUGGAAGAAGCGAUUAGGCAGGCGCAGAGGAGCUUCCCGUUGGCGGUAAAGUAGAAAGCAUCGGGGUUUCCAUGGUUGGGGAUCAAGGAGAGCUUUAGGGAGCGGAGGGUUUAGGGUUUGGAGGCGGCUGGAAUUUGGGGUUCUGAGGAGAACCUGGAUCGAUUUGGGGUGCAUAUUUGCGGGUAAACUUUCUAGGGUUUGGGAAGACAAAAUUGAAUCGUGUAAUUGAGGAGAGAAAUCGGAAGAACACCGUCUCCCCCGCCGCCACGAACCCUGCUUCUUCUUUCUUCUCUACUUCAGGCUCUAGAAGGUCGCUCCAAAUCGCUCCAGCUACUCUUGGAUGGGUUUGUUCUAUUUCUCCCCCUUUCAUUAACUCUUUACAUUCUGGGUUCAGUUCAUAUUCAUUGCAUUCUGAACGAGGGUGCUUCCCAAGAUCCUAAGUUAUUCAACUCUUUACAAAAAGAGGGCAUUUUGUUCCCAUUCCAAAGCUUUGUCCAAAUAUGAAGCUAAUUAUGAUACUGGAAUCGACAGCUUCCAGCGACAAAGACGAAACCAGGAAAACACAGAAGUAAAAGAAAGAUGGAGCCACUGUCAAAUUCUAUUCAGUUAGAGUUAGUUAACUCUUUUCAGCAUCACUGUUAUUUUUAAUGUUUGUACCUUAGCUCUGAUGACUUUGAAUGGUCCUAGGUAAACAAAGUUGCAUAGCUAUGAAUGAUAACAUGAUGAGCUGAAUCGUCACUGUAAAUGCUUGAAAUUGUGUUAAUUCCUGACCCCGACUCCGAAAUUUCCCCUCCUAACCCUGAACUCCCCUGCCAUUUUAAAAAAAGAGAAAGAGUACAUUAGUAAUGACUAAUGUAGGGAAACUGAUGAUAUGAUCUCAUUGUCUAGGCAUGUUGCUGCUUCACAUCAUGCGCUUAGCGUGUGAAGGGGAACCUUAAAUCCCACUCUAUAUUUAGCUUCGAUUUGUUAGCUAUACCCGCAAACAGUCAUCUUGAAGAACCUCAGGCGUUCAUUUUGUUAUUGCCCGCAAAUUUCAAUCCUGCUGAACCGUUGUAAAGAUCUUUGCACAAUUUUCAAAUUGCACUAUGAUCCAGACCUGCCUCCCAUUUGUUAAGCUUGAAUCUUUAUGAAUGUUUGGGAAACUGUGGUUUGAUGCGGUAAUGUUGAAAUAUUUAUGUUUGGAAAUCUUGCUGCUCUGCAGGCAGCGUCUAAGCUGAUAAAGAGCUCAGUUUUGCCGACUCUUGAAGAAUACAGACCCAUAAUUCUGUCAUCUCUCAAGUUCUCCAAGUUUACUUUUGGUACAGUUUCCCCUUAGUCAGGUUGGUCCUCUUCUUUCUUUUCUAUUGUGAUUAGUUUGAGAUUCGAAGUAGAGAAUUGUGUUCCAAUAGUAUAAUAUAUUUUUCCGCAUGCUCUGAACUCAAUAGAGUCAUGAUUUGUUAAGUAUCUUUUAAGAACAUUGAUGCAGCUACCUAGGUCAUGUAACUAAGGAUAAAGUAUGCAUUUAUACUUGGUGGGAAGAGUUUUAUUGCCCUUGCAAAAUUGCAGGACUCGGAACUGAACUUACCACAAGUAGUCCAUGUUGGAUUAGAAAAGGCUGCCUCUUGAUUCCAUCACCACCUCUGCUCCCAUCUCUACCUUAUGGUAUUCUCUGCAUAUUUAGUAUGAACCCAUAAUGGGAUAUUCAGGUAACAUCUUACAUCAAUGUCUUGGUAUUUGUAUCCAUGAACCAGAUUAGAAGAAGCACAUAUCCCAAUUGGGUGGGCUCAAUCACUACAUAUUUUCUCCUCUCCUCCACAGAGGACCCGGACCCAACCUGAAGCCAUCAGUGUAGAAGAGAAGGAACCAUUUAUGUGAAAGCUAAGUGGACCUUGAACCUGGAUAAAGAGACCGUUGUAAGUAUCGAACGGUAAGUGGGGAGAGAGGGCAGUAUAUGAUUGCAAAAAUAAUAUGCUAGGAUUGGU